AUUGAAUAUAUAUAUUCGUGUAGAUCUAAGCCGAGCUGCAUUGAGACGAGAUCUUUCAGUAUCCAAACGGGUCGCAGAAAAAUGCACCUUGUCUUUGCCUUUUUUCGGAUCUGAUAACCUUGGAGUCUCCAGAUAGGUCGACAUUUUUGGUCAAUCCAUUAUUGUUCUUUCUGAGAGGCUCCCCAGAGCAAAACUUCAGGAGCGGGGUUACUUAAAAGGGGAAAAUGUACUAGCGAGUGUCGACUGUUGCUAAGUAUGGAAAGUCCAGGGAACAAGAAGAGAGGAUACGAACAUGGGACUGGUGUUUUGGAAGAUGACGCAUUCAUCGUCGGGGAAGCGAAGAAGCAGAAAAUACCCACUUUGGGAAGCAUUGUUGUGGAAGCCUUGAAGGUGGACAGCCUGCAAAGGUUUUGCUCAUCGCUGGAGCCUCUCCUGCGAAGAAUUGUGAGCGAAGAAGUAGAGAGGGCAUUGACAAGAUUAGGCCAUGCUAUGCUGGCUGAAAGGUCAUCCCCACCUAGAAUACAAUAUCCAGAAGAGAAAGGUAUGCAGCUUCAAUUUAAGACCAGGAUGCCACCCCAUCUAUUCACUGGAGGGAGGGUCGAGGGUGAACAAGGUGCAGCCAUUCAUGUCGUGUUGAUAGACCGAGCCACUGGUCUUGUGGUGCAAGAUGGUCCUUCAUCAAAUGCCAAGCUAAAUGUCGUCGUGCUUGAAGGAGACUUCAACGACGAAACUCAAGGUGAUUGGAGUGAGGAGCACUUUGAGAGUCUCGAAGUGAAAGAGCGGGAGGGCAAAAGGCCACUCCUCACAGGUGAUCUCCAGGUUAUACUGAAGGAAGGGGUUGGAACUCUUGGGGAACUUAGUUUCACCGAUAAUUCCAGCUGGACAAGAAGCAGAAAGUUCAGGAUCGGUGUGAAGGUCGCCACCGGAUGUUGUGAAGGGAUUCGUGUUCGCGAGGCUAAAACUGAGGCUUUUGCUGUUAAAGAUCACAGGGGAGAAUUGUAUAAAAAACAUUACCCACCUGCUUUACAUGACGAAGUAUGGAGACUGGACAGAAUUGCAAAGGAUGGAGCUCUGCAUAAGAAGCUAAUUAACGCUGAAAUUGUAACGGUUGAAGAUUUUCUACGGCUUCUUGUCAGGGACCCUCAGAAGUUAAGAAAAAUCCUAGGGAGCGGAAUGUCGAACAGAAUGUGGGAGAAUACGGUCGAGCAUGCAAAGACGUGCGUCAUGGGUGGGAAGGUGUACAUAUACUACACUGACGUCAAUCAUAAUACUGGCGUGGUCUUCAACGAUAUCUAUGAGCUCAUAGGCUUUCUUACUGAUGGGCAGUUCUUCUCUCUGGAAAAUCUGACCAACAAGCAAAAGAUCUCAGUAGACUCCCUGGUGAAGAGAGCCUACGAGAACUGGAACCAAGUCGUAGAAUAUGACAGCAAAGUUCUAAGCUCCGUCCCUGGUACAAGGAAAGAAACGACAUCCUCAGUUUUCCUGGAGGCUGUAACCGAGAAUGCUAGUGUUCGAGAUCAGCACUACACAACGACCACAAAAUACUCACAGCAAUAUUCAUCACAAUGUGAAGAAAGAGACCCGCAUUGCCAAGAUCAGAAUAUCUACCAACCGAUUUCUCCACUCAUGGAACUUCCGAAUGUUAGACUUCCUCAAGCUGCAACUCAGGUUCUAGAUGCUCCACAAGAAGCAUUUCCCAGCAUCGGUACAGAUUACUUGUCCACCGGCACUCCAGGGAUGGGGGGGACUAAUUAUUCUGGAGACUUGUUUGCGGAGGAAAUCCGGCUCAGGAGCAUGGAGAUGCUGCAGAGUAAUGAUAUGCAGAGACUGCUCAGGUCAUUCAGUACUGGACCCAGCUUCCACCAUUCGAAUGAGGAUAGCGUCACUUAUGGUGUUCCGUAUGACAGUAGGACGGAUUGCCAGCUCCAGCAGAAGUGCAGCCAGAGCUCAGGAAAAGCCGUUGUGGGCUGGCUUAAGCUGAAGGCCGCUUUGAGAUGGGGCAUAUUCAUUAGGAAGAAAGCUGCAGAGAGAAGAGCUCAGCUUGUAGAGCUUGAUGACUCCUAGACUGCCUAUCUUUGUUUGAUUUUCUUUUUAUUUUUCUGCCUCUCCCAGUUAGCCUCUGUUAGAUAUUCGGGCAUUUUUAACUCCUCUUUUGUCGACUUUAAAAUGGUGAUAUCUUAGCAUAAUAAAACGGCUUGAACGGUCUUUAACUUC